UAAAACUGACUCUUUUUGAAGAUUUAACAUGUAUACUAUCAUAAUGAUUGAUAAACAAUAUACGUCAAAUGCCCGGAUGAACAGUGAAAACAGAUAUGUAAGACUUGUUAUAAGUUACAAGGUUUUAAAUAAUAUGGUUACGCAAAAGGUAAAUAUAAAACCACAUACCAUAGAUUUCCGAUAGAAAUAAGGAGGUAGAAAAACGUAUUAUAGAACAAGGCAUUUUUGAAAUCUUGGUAACAUUGGGAAACGAAUGUUAGUAUCUUCUAGUAUGCUCCUUCAUUACGAUUGUAUACCUCGAUGAAUGCUAGUUGGUUCAUGCUAAUAUAUUAAAGUUGAAAACACUGGUGAGUCAAUUGAAUAAGAAGACGGGGCUAAAAAAAAAUUGUUUCCAAAUACAAUGUGGCGGAUUUCGACGGAAUAUUGGCAACUGGUGUUUCUCGUCAUACAGAUACUAGUUUCAGGUUGUGUUGUCGAAGGACAAUCUGCAGACGUUAACAAACCUGGAGUAUGUCCCGAAUCUUUAGAACCAACUAGUGAGUUUUGUGUUAUUGAAUGCAAUAAAGACAGUGAGUGUCCAGGAGACCACAAAUGUUGUCAAUUGUUGUCAUGUGGAUCGAUAUGUACGUCACCCAUAUUUAAAACAACAUCGUCAAAUGAAUCUGCAAGUAAUCCGACAUCUACCGAAGCUACCGAUUGUAAAAACGAAUGCGACACUAGUAGUGAAUGUGCAUCAAUGUCGCUCUGCGUGAGACAAGGUUGUAAAAGAGUUUGUAAAUCAUUCAGCAGUAGGAAGGCAACGUCAGUACCAACGAAACCUGUUGUGACGUCAAUUUUAAGAAGAGUAAGAAAUUGUACGGAUCAGUGUCUAAGAAAUAUUCACUGUGAAAAAGGGUUCGAAUGUGUUUCAAAAGGAUGUAGGAAUGUUUGUGAACAGACAAGCAUGACCAAAACAAUUCAAAUAUCAAAUACUAAGUCUACAACUGAAGACUGUAACGAUAGAUGUCUGAGUGAUGUUCAUUGCCCCCACAAACACACUUGCAUUCAAGAAGGCUGUCGCAAAGUUUGUAGUGUUAAAACUGCACUAGUUCUUAAUAAUACAGAAAAGCAACCUGUAAGUCAGUUAGAAACGACAAAAGAAACCAAAAGUCGCUGCAUUCGCUCGUGCUUUAAAGAUGCUGACUGCCUUACGGGAUCAAAAUGUUAUCAACAAGGGUGUAAUACAUUCUGUGGACACCAAAGAACGAGUCCUUGGACUAACGCUGACGCCUCAAGGAGUACUUCUUCAGCAUUUAGUGAACAACCUUGGUUGAGUACGUCUUUGUCAGCUGGUUUUCAGGAAAAGCCAAAGUCUUCAUUACUACCCAAUGCUUGUCGUCUUGACUGUACGUAUGAUAGUGAUUGCAGUCAGGGUUUGUACUGUAGGCGACGUAGCUGUAAUCGAUUAUGCGAACCCGAUGUAGACAGACAACUUUCAAAGCAUACUAUUAUCCAAAUACCCACCAAUGUUCGAUCCGAUAGUACGUGCAAGGAUGAAUGCAAUUUAGAUGUAGACUGCAGUGCUGGGUUCGUUUGUAGACAGUUAGGAUGUCGCAAAAUUUGUAAGCAAGAUGACUCAAGUACGAGAAAAAUUAUCAAGACGGAUUCGCGCUUAACACUAUGUCAAAAUCAGUGUAACAGCGAUUCAGAUUGUUCAUUUGGAAUGGCGUGUCUUAAAAAUGGAUGUCAAAAUGAAUGUAUUGAAAGAUUUAUAACAACUACUAAUACCCCAUUAGACUGUGUAAAUGAAUGUUUAAGCGAUAGAGACUGUAACUUUGGGAAUAUUUGUAUCAAGAAUGGAUGCAAAAACAUUUGCCAAAUUGCUCAAUCAUCGCAAAAUGUACAAACAAGUCGCAUAACUGGAAACAAUAAUUGUAAUACUGAAUGCGAAAGACAUUCGGACUGUUCGUUAGGUCGAAACUGUGUGAUAGACGGUUGCAGUAAAGUUUGUAGAGGUGAUAGUCGUAUAUUGAACGAACAUACAAACAGAUCUCCGUCUAGUUCUGAUUCGUGCACAGAUAUAUGCACACGUGAUAGUGAUUGUAGCACAAAUUCUUUCUGCACGCACAGAGGAUGCAGACUAGUGUGCAUUUCAAGAGAGAAUUUUAUGUCGCUCGCUCAUCAGUCUCCAUUGAUUCGUACUGACAACCUUAGUCGAAGAGAACAUAUUCAUGACAAUAUUCCUGCAGAAAUAUCAAACAUUUUGGAAACGAGGCAAACAGGAACACGCUGUUUAAAUGAAUGCUUCCGUAAUUCACAAUGUCCGCGCCAUAGCACGUGUGUUCAAAAUGGCUGCAACAGGUCAUGUGAAGAUCAAACAUUAGGUCGAUUCAACGGAUGA